GAUACUAUUGUCUCUAACGCAUUUUCAUUGGCUUGCUGAAAAUGCAAACAGACAAUCUGAUUGGCAGCAAACAGUUUUCAUCUUUGCUCGAUUAAGCCAAGUCUGGAAGGGAAUCACAUUCUUUCACACUAUAACAAAACUAAUUGUCUAUGCAAAGGCUAAAAGCAAGUAUUAGCUUACUUUUGCACCUAUUAAUUUUUUUCUACAAGUCCUACAAACGUGCCUUGGCAUCAUCGUAAUUCUUUGCAAAUUAAUCAUAGGAAAGUUUGCAGUUAUGUUUGUUAUAACCGUGAAAUGUGCGAUGUUUUCCUUAAUCUUCAGCAAGUUUAAUUAUUAAAAAAACUAUCAAUUUUUUAUGACUCAUGUUGAACUUUGUAUGCAAGUUUAUUGUUGCUGAUGCUACAGACCUCAUACAAAAUCGCAAAAACGCCAACGAUUGCGUUUGAAUUUUUUCUUUGAUUUACAAAUCUUAUCUCCCUCACAAGCCGAACUACAUCCCUUUGAAAUCAACUAUAAACAUACAAGCUGAGUGGCAGCUCGAAUAUUUAUGCAGCUUUCGACAAGAGCAGCUGGUUUAUGGCUUAACAUGGUAGUUAUUUGGCAGCCAAUGGACCAAGGCAAACCAAUUCAGUAGACACGGUCUCUAAUUUGCAAGCCUGGACAAAGGAGAACGGCGAUUAAAGCUGGCAGCAAAUAAAAGUUGCAGAGUGCGGCCCGAACAUUUUCAUAAUGAAUUGGGUGACAGUUUUAGCAUUCACUUCGCUUACCUUUCUGCUAGAGAAAUAUGUCGAAAGUCGGAGUGGAUACGUCAGUGAGGUCUAUGAAAAGACAAAAUUUUUAUGCGACGUAGCCAAACGCAAAUCGUUUAAGGCUCGAAGUGAGAUUCAAUGUAUCCACAAAUGUGCCAAAGAGACCAUGUGUGAACUCAUUAAUUACAAGCCACACAAGGAGGAAGAUGGAAACGGAAACAACUGCGAAAUCUUCAAUCUUCCUCACAAUCAUCUUUCUUGUACAAUGUCAAGAAAUGAGGCAAACUGGAAAGCGCUAGUGUUUUGGGAUGCAAAAAAUUGCCUUUUCACACAGCGGCAUUUUUGUUUUCCCUGCAAAUGUCAAGGAAACUGCACCACUCAAGGCCUUUCCACCUGCUCGUGCGAUUUGGUCCAAUUGCCAAAUUUGUUGGUUACAUUUGAAAGCAGGCAGGGAACGGUGAUGUUUGAAAGAGGAGUCGAUAAAAAUAGUCACAGCUCUGUAUUGCUGGUUGGCAGUGCUAGUAUUGUGCCAAGUAUCAGGAGAGGGGGAAACAUUCUUGAUUUGCCAAACAAAUAUUCAAGAGCUGUCAUUGGAGACUUUCAAGGUAUCCGCUUGAACAAUCCGAGGAAUACAGACUUCACUGUCUCACUUUGGCUCAAAGUAAAUGAUGUAGUAAACUCUGAUUGUACUGUUAUCGCUUCUGGAAGAAGCAAUGUUGACACUGGCCUAAAUAUCAUUCUAAAAGACAUGGCUAAAGUCAUUUCCGCUGAGAUUAUUGCUUACGAUCGAUACGUUAGUUUGAGUCACGUGGUUGGUACAAGCCUCGAGGUAUGGACCCAUCUGGCGCUUCUUCAUAUAGAUAGCACUUCAGGUACUGCUGCAAAACUGUUCAUCAACGGAAUUCUAGUAGAGUCAACAAACAGUCUUAAUUCAAACAAUGCCAAGACGGGCCAAUUUGGAACAUUAGAAAUGGGAACGCAUAGUGGAAAUCUGUUCCCUGUUACUGGAGAUGGCUGUGGGAUCCAAUUGGAUGACCUAGCAGUAUGGUACUCCGUGUUAUCUGAUGAGCAGCUUCUGCAGUUAGUGAGCCGUGGUGAUGAAUGCUGAAUCCAACAACUUGAUGACAAGAGAUUUGCAUAAAAGUAUCGUGAAAGAAGAGAUUCAAGAAAUCUGUGUUCCAGCCCUGAACUGGAUUUUGUUUGUUUUUAAAAAAUCGACUUGAGAUUUAGUUGCAUGAAAACAAACGCUAACGAUAUUCAGACAACCUUAAGGAAUCGCACAAGUGCAUCCAUUUGAAGGAUUGAUUUGUUUUGCAUUCACCUAAGAUACCACCUAGAAUAUAUCAACAUAUUCCGAAGAAAGGCUAAUUUGCACAUUUGCAACAGUAUUUGCACAUUGCCCACGAGAACGGGUAUGCUUGGACAAGAGUAGCUCCAAUUGAACAAGGGGAGCUAUUUAUAUUCGAACAAAUGCCUCCUCGACAUAAAACUGCCUAGUCUUGAUGUAGGGUGCUUUUUACCCCUCCGUGCAUACUGGGAACUUGUAAACCCAUCGAGGCAAUUACUAGUAAGGUAUUCUAUACACACUAUGUGUCAAAGCGUUUUAAAAAUUGAUCCAAACCUAGAUUAUAAGUGUAUGAAACUUAUACAACCAUUCUUAGUAGCUUUUCAAUUAACAAACUUCCCUUGAAUUCGGUGCAACAAUUAAAACCAAUGUUAAAAUUUAGAAAUCCGGUACUAAAAUUUAGAAAUCCGGUGCUAACAUUCAGAUUCUGUGAAAGAAGGUCUAGUAUGGCUUUUUUUCUGGUACUGCCUUAGAGAAUUCUGUGACAUUACCCAAUAUGGUACUCAUAGCCCCUUGGAUUGCGCCAUUAAGAACCACUGUGGGGAGCAUAUUGUCGAUUCUUAGACCCUAUUUAGAGUAGAUCGGAUCCGAAUCGGAUCAAAAAGAGCAUGGAAAGACCUUGCGUUUACACCGGGAAUGGUGCGUCCGUAUACUUUUUGAUCCGAUCUUUUCCAGGUCCCUUGUUAACAGAGACUUCGUCAGAAUUAUUUCGUAAUACCUUCCUCAGCCUAUAGUAAAAGAGGUUCUUUUUAUAAGUUUAUACAUACUGUAGAAUCUCUUGACAUCUUUUGGAAGCCUAUUCAAAUACUCAAAUAUUCAAAUGCUAAAAACUUCAGUUAUCGCUGAUAUGAAGGAAAGUUUUGCUCAGUUUGAAGCAGAAUUUGAAAAAGCGCAUAUUGUUCUCAUCCAAGUUAUAAAAACUGUAGCAUCUAUGAAAAAGAAUAGAUGUUUUCGAAAAUAAUAACCUUAUCCAAGCGAAAGUUUAAACGUUGAGUUGAAUUGAUUCCGAUGGAUUUAAGCAGUUCUGCAGAGCGGUAAAGAAGGAAUGAGACAGGAUUUUCAAAGUUAUCU